AUGAACGAUGAUAAUAAGGAAUUUUCCGGAAGAGAUAUUUAUCAGCUAAUAAAAAAUGCAAAGGACAAAAUAAAAAUUGAUUACAAGUUUUGGUACACGCAGCCCGUGCCAAAAAUAAAUGACGAGUUUAACGAAUCGGUGAAUGAGCCAUUUAUAAGUGACAAUAAAGUGGAGGAUGUCAGAAAAGAUGAGUACAAACUUCCGCCAGGGUACUCCUGGUACGUGUGUGAUGUAAAGGAUGAAAAAGACCGAAGUGAAAUUUAUACGCUCUUAACAGACAAUUACGUAGAAGACGAUGACAACAUCUUCCGGUUUAACUACUCAGCGGAGUUUUUACUGUGGGCUCUGACAUCACCAAAUUAUUUGAAAUCAUGGCACAUUGGUGUAAAAUACGAUGCGUCGAAUAAGCUUAUCGGAUUCAUAAGUGCCAUUCCUACGGAUAUAUGCAUUCAUAAGAGAACGAUAAAAAUGGCCGAAGUAAAUUUCUUAUGCGUCCAUAAAACCUUGAGAUCAAAAAGGCUAGCUCCAGUCCUAAUUAAAGAAAUUACAAGGAGGAUAAAUUUAGAAAACAUAUGGCAAGCCAUUUACACAGCCGGAGUUUAUUUACCCAAGCCAGUAAGUGACGCAAGAUAUUAUCACAGAUCAAUAAAUGUAAAAAAAUUAAUUGAAAUAGGUUUCUCUUCCUUGAACUCCAGAUUAACGAUGAGUAGGGCUAUUAAACUUUAUCGAGUUGAUGAUACAUUGAAUUUAAAAAAUAUGAGAUUAAUGAAGAAGAAAGAUAUCGAAGGAGUGCACAAAUUGUUGAGUAGCUACUUGGAGCAGUUUAAUUUAUAUGCUGUUUUUACGAAAGAAGAAAUUGCCCACUGGUUUCUUCCCAUCGAGAAUGUUAUUUAUACUUAUGUAAAUGAAGAGGCUGGAAAAAUUAAGGACAUGAUUUCUUUUUAUUCCUUACCCUCCCAAAUUUUGGGCAAUGAUAAAUAUAGCACUUUGAAUGCUGCUUACUCCUUUUACAACGUGACCACAACAACUACAUUCAAAAACUUAAUGCAAGAUGCCAUUCUCUUGGCGAAAAGGAACAACUUUGAUGUGUUUAACGCGCUCGAAGUGAUGCAGAAUAAAUCCGUCUUUGAGGACUUGAAAUUCGGCGAGGGCGAUGGAUCACUCAAAUAUUACCUGUACAACUGGAAGUGUGCAUCCUUCGCGCCUGCACAUGUCGGUAUUGUGCUACUAUGA